AUGGCAGACCCCCCUAAAGCACCAACCACCUUCUCGUCACACCGCCCGAAACCCACGCUUGCCAUCCCAUCCAAGCGCCCUCUCUCCCGGCCCGCGCCGCCCAACCCAAAGCCAAACCCGACAGCUCCAACGCUCACGAUCCGCAGCGCAGCGCCGACGGAAGAAUCAAGGAAGAGAGAAAAGGAGAAGGAAAAUAAGCGGAUAGAGGCUGAUUUCUCCGAGGCGCCGCAGCCGUUCCUGGAUCCGGCACUUUGGGAGACGUUGAAGGAUAAGACAGCCAUAUAUGUGGAGGUGUAA